GUAAAAGACUAAUUCCGUAAUAUUUUUUUGGAUCUUGUGGAAAAAAAUCGCAAAAAAUGGCAGAUACGGAGUUUGAGGAGUUGCGACCUGUGGAAGCAUUGCCGAAAAAUAUCAUCAGUGUGACUCCUUUUUACUCAUUGGUAGCUGAUAUCGAUUUAGAUGACGAUGUGCUGUCGCCCAAGAGUGAGUCACCGCAAGAUGGUACCACAAAAAUUCCCGAGAGCAAAGACACAAAAACAGAAGGCGACGAAAGUUGUCAUCAACCAUCAAAAACGCAACAAAUCCUGUCAAAUAUCUCGAAUAUCUCGAGUAGCAGUAGUGCUGAAGACGACGAUGGGCUUUUUAGCAUGUCUCACACGAAUAACGUGAACAACAACAAUGAAGGCGAUUUUGACGUCGAUGUUCGGGGAAGUACUCAGACUCAAGUAAUUGCUCCAUGGAACGCUUCUGUAGAUGCCAAUAAUGUCACGUCAACGGGUCGUCGAAGGAGAAAAUUGCCCGAAAUCCCUAAAAAUAAAAAAUGUUCAAUUUUACCGCAUUUUACGAAGCAACCAACACUCGCUGAUGAAAUUUCGAGAACCAUGACGUCGCAAAUUCAUCAGCAAUCUCGAACGAAUUCCUUGUUGGCGCUCAAAUGCAGUUACUUACUUGACGAAGACUCGUCGCCCGACAGCGAUCGAUUGCACAGUUUGGGUGACGUCGAUAGCGGUCACAGUACAGUUCAUUCCCCCAAUGACAAUUACAAAAGUUUGUCGCCUCCUUUUCCCGCGAACUCGAUGACCACAAGUUUCGGCACGAUUCCCUUCAAUCAGUUGGAGAUGCUGGAGGCGACACAUCGCGGUUUGCAUAAAUUCGUGCCGCGACAUGCUGACGAGAUUGAAAUUGAAAUUGGGGAUCCGGUUUAUGUGCAAACGGAAGCGGAUGAUUUGUGGUGCGAAGGUGUGAAUUUGAGGACGGGACGACAAGGGGUUUUUCCGUCGGCGUAUGCCGUGGAUUUGGAGUACAAUGACUUUGAUUCGACAGCGGAGCAGGUGAAGCGGGAGAGAUAUUUGCUGGGGUAUUUGGGGUCUGUGGAGACACUUUCUCACAAGGGAACGAGUGUCGUUUGUAGUGCUGUGCGGAAAAUUGUCGAUGGCGGAAAGGGAGCGCCGAAAGUGCAACCGUGUAUUUUGGAGAUUAAUGAUCAGGGAUUGCGGAUGGUUGAUCGAUCGAAGAAAACCGACAAAGGGCCUUGCAUCGACUACUUCUACUCCCUGAAAAACGUCUCCUUUUGUGCUUUUCAUCCGAAAGAUCACCGAUACAUCGGUUUCAUCACGAAACAUCCAUCGGUUCAGAGAUUCGCCUGUCACGUCUUCAAGGGUAGCGAUUCAACGAGGCCUGUUGCUGAAUCUGUCGGUCGCGCUUUUCAACGAUUCUACCAAAAGUUCAUUGAAACAGCAUAUCCAGUGGAGGACAUAUAUUUGGAGUAAACAAAUAUUAACUUAGAAGUCUUCUUCUUUACCGUACUCUUGAAAGAUAUUAAUAACAUAUAGUGACUCAUAUUACUUACAAGUUCAUGUAUAAACACAAGAAAUCUUCCCAACGCUUACAAUUGAUGAGAAAAAUGACCAAAAUUAACGCUUUUUGAUAAAAAGUUAAAAAAAAUCGCUAUCCGUUAAAUUUUUUUAGUGAAAAUCCAUUAAAACCUGUCAUUAAAAAAAAAAGACGGACAAUCAAAAAAAUCACCCAAAAUUUUUUUUUUUUGCUUAAUUUUCAGUAGAAAGUGAAAAAUUGUAUAUAAAUUAAAAAAAUAUCAAAUUAAUGUUAUGAUCUGCUAUCUAGAGCUUUAAAAGAGACCUUUUUAGAGCAACCUAUCAAAAAUUUCAAGUAAUUGUCAAAAAUCGUAAGCAAACA